GCACUGCACCGCCCCCCAGCGCCUCUACACGGCGCCACUUCCGCCUCUCACCCCCGGCAGUCUGAUGGGAUGCUGGCGGAAUGUUUGAGGCGGGAUCUUCAGGGAGACCCAGGUGUUGGGACAACGUCCACGGGCCGCGAGUCCUUAUCGCUACAGUAUUAUAACACAUCAGCAUUAAUCGGAGCUGAGCCAUUUUGAACGCAGGGGCAUACUGUGCAGCUCUCUCUCUCUCUCCUCGCUGCUGCUGUGUGAAGAAGAAAGCCCACACGGAAGUUGUUGUUGGAGGGCAGCUGCUGUUUUCCAGAAGUUCACAAUGAAGAGCAGCGUUUUCUUGCUGCUGCUCGCGGCUCUCACCUGCGGGCUCGCGCUUGGGCAAGAAAAUGAAAUGGAGGAGCUGCAGGUGGAGACCCUGGUGAAGCCCGAAACUUGCUCUGUACUUUCCAUGAUGGGAGACACGCUGCAGAUACAUUACACGGGUAAGCUGAUGGAUGGGAAGGUGAUCGACUCAUCACUGUCUCUGGACCCUCUUGUGGUUGAGCUGGGAAAGAGGACGGUUAUAGCCGGUCUGGAACAAAGCUUGGUUGGCGUGUGUGAAGGGCAAAAAAUCAAGGCCACUAUUCCAUCUCACCUGGCUUAUGGAAAGAAAGGUUACCCUCCAACCAUUCCAGGUGAUGCUGUCCUUGAGUUCGAGGUGGAGGUGGUUUCUCUGAUUCAGCAGACACCUUGGCAGAAAAUGGUCAACGACGUGUUCCCUCUUGUGUGUUUGGCUCUGGUGCCCACCCUGCUCGGCCUGGUGGGACUUUACCUCUACAGAAAGGCCAACGCAGAGAAGCCGAGCAAAAAGAAGGCAAAGGAUAAGAAGAGCAAGAAGAAAUAAGGACAAGGCACAGAACUAUUUAAAUAAAAAAUGU